CUCUCUAGGAGUUUUGAGGAGAUAGAGGCCCAGAUCACAGCCCAGAUGAAGACCCCGGUGCUGGGCUCUCGGCCCGGUCCAGAGGGGUCUCGGCCUGGUCCAGAGGGGUCCGCUGGAGAGAAGGAAAAGACCAGGAAGAGAGAGAGCCAGUCACUCAGACGGACACAGAGCACAGACAGGGAUCAUGGAGUGCUACCCACCCAGGGCCCUAUGGAGGUCCCAGCCCCAGACGCACCCCUCUUAACCAGGCUGUCUGAGUGUCCUGACCCCCUGGUGUACCUGGAGGCUGUGGAGCCUGACCUAGCAGAGACCAACCCCACUGCCUUCGCCCUCAAACUACAGCAGAGAGACAGAGAAGUGACGUCAUCAGUGAUGUCAUCAACACUGGACAGYGACAGCGCGGAUAUCAAGAGUUCUCUCUACACCCGGACAGCGGGCUAUGGAGAGGAGGAGAGCCCCUACCCACCCAAAGACAUGGAGCACUCCCUGGGCAUCGCACGAGAAGAGAUCGUGUCCAAGGAGAAGGAGGUACUGGAGUGGCAGAGGAAGUACGAGGACAGUCGACAGGAAGUGCUGGAGAUGAGGAGAAUCGUGGCAGAGUAUGAGAAGACCAUUGCACAGAUGAUUGGGCUGCCAGACGAUGAGCAGAAGGAUAAGUCUCUGUCUCACCACACCAUCCAGCAGCUGAUCAUAGAGAAGGACCAGGCUCUUUCAGACCUCAACUCAGUAGAGAAAAGUCUGGCCGAACUGUUCAGACGAUACGAGAAGCUGAAGGAUGUCCUCGAGGGCUACCGUAAAAAUGAGGAGGUGUUGAAGAAGUGUGCUCAGGAGUACCUGUCCAGGGUCCGUAAGGAGGAACAACGAUACCAGGCCCUGAAGAUCCAUGCCGAGGAGAAACUAGACAAACAGAAUGCAGAGGUGCUUGAAGACAGUGUGGCUCAGGAGUACCUGUCAGGGUCCGUAAGGAGGAACAACGAUACCAGCGCCUGA